AUGGCCGCAAUCAUGAAUCCUCCCACACUUCAGUCUUGGGCUCAACCUCAACCACAUCAUAACAUGACCUGGGGAGAUGCUCAACUACACUAUGCCCAACAACCUAUGAUGUCCUACAUGCAACCAGUCAGACCUCUAUCACAUCCAGCACCACAAAUGCAGCGAGGAAGUGCCGUACGGCCAGGUCAAAGCGGACCUUGGACGGCAGAUGAAGAUGCCAUUCUUCUAGAAGAGAGAAGCCGAGGCUCGGCUUGGGAUGAUAUCCAUAAUCGGCACUUCCCUGGGAAAUCAGGAAAUGCUUGUCGUAAACGACACGAAAGACUGUUGACCAAGGCACGUGACACCAACUGGAGCGAAACUCGUGUCAACAAUCUGCUGGUCGUAUAUGGUCGCCAUCGACAGGAGAUGUGGACGACGAUUGCUAAUGAAGUCGGAGAAAGGUGGGAAGAUGUGGAGAAAGUUAUACUUCAACAACGCCCUCGCACUCUGCGUGCGGGAGGUCGUCAAAGACAACAUAGCAGAGCGACCUCGCGCACAAGUCCCAUCCCAGCCAUGUAUGGAGAGCAUGAACAUACAUCAUCUCCAGAUGACUUCGACCACACAGAUGACAGUGGCAUCGCCCUAGGUGGCCACGGUGGACAUAGCCGACGCACUUCCGAGCUGGUAGGCGGGAACGUCCUGCAACAACAACACAACCCUGCCGUCCCCACCACCACUAGUCUUCCCAGCGUCGGCGUCAUCCUCUCAGAGGUGCAGAACGACUACCUCUCUUCUGACACGCACAGUGGCAAUGGAUAUCAUCCCAGUUCUCGACUUAGCAACGGAUAUAGUUAUACGCAUUGA